AUGGAGGGUAUUCAGGCGAAAAUAAAAGCUAAAUGCAGAGCAAAUAGAGGUAUACCAUUGAGACCAAGACGGCAAGGAAGAGUUCCUCAGAACAACAAAGAUGAUAGUAUUAUAGGUGAUAGAAAGGGUCUUGAUAUUGGGAUACAAUCACAUGGUGAUGCUGUGGUGGACAAUAUUAAGAUGAAAGGAAUACUAUUUGAACAUCAUACAAAACUAAACAAGACAUCAACACAACAGAUGACUAUAAAUAACAAGGGUAACAAUCAACAACUCAAUCUGAAUGAGAAGGAAGAGUCGUCCUUAUGUGUUCAAAUGAUAGCAGAUCAUAUUUACUCAGUCAAUGUCGAGACAUUUGAUAAAUACCAGAUAGAAGGCGCAACAUCCGCUGCUGAAAUAUACAGGCAGUUUCUGAUCACCAAACCAACGAUGUACUUUCAAGAACUAAAUCUACUAGGCAAUAACAUAACUCAACAAGUACCUGAGAAAAAACCAAAAUCAAAAGUAGUAAGGAUUAUUCAUAGUAUGAGGAAGAGUAUGAGGUCAAUGAUGGGUAGACCGAAACAAUAG